GAGACUGCUGUGUUUAUGAAUAUGUCACGAAAAUAAUGUAGUGCAGGACCCAUGUGCUCCAUGCCCCAUAUUUUGUGUUUGUGUGCGUGACGUCACAGAGUCAUCUGGCCAAUGUUUACAUCCAGCGCUGCUCGCCGUGAACGUUUAUGGGAAGAAACCGAGAGACCGAAACAACAGGAGACAUUUAACCGAAUGGACAGCUAACGGACCUUAAUAAGGGUGUUUUAGGGUGUCAGACGAUUCAGCUCGGUCGACUGUGAAGUCGUCGUCGGGGUGUUUCACGUGACGAGUUCCUACCCAAACACCUCCAUCCCAAUUUUUCACGUCUUCGUCUUCAUUUGCGUUUAUUUUUUGCAGAGCUAAAAUGGGAGGUGCAGUCAGCGCUGGGGAGGACAAUGAUGAGUUAAUUGACAACCUGAAGGAUGCCCAGUACAUUCGCUCAGAUCUGGUUGAACAUGCCUUCAGGGCCAUUGAUCGUGCUGACUACUAUUUGGAAGAAUUCCGUGACAGUGCCUACAAGGAUCUGGCCUGGAGACACGGCAACAUCCACCUCUCUGCACCCUGUAUCUACUCUGAGGUGAUGGAGGCUCUAGACCUGCAGCCUGGCUUGUCCUUUCUUAACCUGGGCAGUGGCACAGGCUACCUCAGCACCAUGGUGGGACUUAUACUGGGACCGUUUGGUGUGAAUCAUGGUGUGGAAUUACAUGAAGAUGUUAUGGAAUAUGCUUAUCAGAAGCUGGACUUCUUCAUCAAGACAAAUGAUAGUUUUGACAGGUUUGAGUUCUGUGAGCCUUCCUUUGUGGUGGGCAACUGUCUGGAGAUUGCCCUGGAAAGCAGGCAGUAUGACAGGGUUUACUGUGGCGCAGGGGUCCAGAGAGAACAUGAAGACUACAUGAAGAAGCUGUUGAAGGUUGGGGGCAUCUUAGUACUGCCUCUGGAAGAAAAGCUCACUAAAAUUACUCGGACAGGAUAUAACACAUGGGAGACCAGAAAGAUCAUUGCGGUGUCCUUCGCACCACUUGUGCUCCCUAAGCACAGAGAAAAUGGCAAACCGAGAGCAGUAUCUCUACCUGUAAUGUUCGAGGUGCGGAGUCUUCAGGAUCUGGCCCGCAUUUCCAUCCGUCACAUUCUAAAGAAAUCCGGUUCUGGAUCCUUGCCGCUACCACAGAGAAAUGGAUUUAAGCGGAGAAAUCACUUUAUACAUAGACUAGAGCAUCGUGACACCCCUCUUCUGACCAAUAGUUAUUUGUUCAUGAGUCGCUUGAUUCCCGGACCCAUGGACAACAACAACAAUCAGUCUUCCACAGACAAUGAGGAUGAAGAUGAAGACUGCAGAAGGGUUUGUGAACAACAAGAAGAGAAUGAGAGAAGGAAUGAGGGCAGUGUUUUGGUGAUAGAGACUCCGGUAAACCUCUUAAGAGAGAGGAUCCUUAGCCUGCCUUUGCCAGACCCUCUCAAGAUGUAUCUUCUUUACUACAGAGAGAAGUAGACUUCUCCUUCCAGCGAAUAGUCUAUUCUAUUCUAAUGUACCUAGCACGGUCACAUCAAGAAUUCACUUUUUGCAUUAUCCUGAUAACCUUUAUCAUAGAAUUUCACCACUCUUUGUUCAGCCAAGUCAGGAUGCAUAGAUAAUCAAUUUUAUUUAUAAAGAAAAUUUGGUUUAAUGCUGGAUCUGGAUUCAUGGUCUAAAAUGAUAACCAACGGACAUUAGUAGCUAACAGGUUACAAAAUUAUAAAUGCAGUGUAUCCUCACUUGUUUUGUACGGAGCCCCGCACAUGACAUGCAAGAAAAAAUAAAUAAAUCGUGUGCAUGUUUUAGUACAUUGAGGGAACGAAUUAGUAAAUCGUGCACACAAUUUAGCCCACUAUUUUUUCCUGCAUGUCAUGUGCGGGGCUCCGUAGGUUUGUGAGCUAUGUAAAAUGUAGUUUCAGCUCAGAUUUACCAAGAAAAGUGAAAAUCAAAAUAUUCUUCUGGUGUAUGGACUUGUAAAAAAAAUUCUAAUUGUGAGCUGAAAUACACUUGCAUUGUGUGAAAAUACAAUGUCAAGUUUAAAAAUGUGAUCGUCCAACAUAAUCUGUGUCGUACAAUUUCAGGGAUUUCAAGAUGAAAGACUAUCUAGAUAGACUACAUUAUCUGAGGUGUUUUGCCAAUUUGAAAUAGUCUUGGUUUUGUCCUGUUUUAGGACCCUUGCGUUUUACUAUAUAGAAGUAUAAAAGGUAUAGUCUAUAGUUGUGUAACAAGUUAUAAAAUGGUGCUCUGAAUUGUGGUAAAACUCUGAUGUGCACUUUGUCCAGUGAUGUAGAAUGCACUAAUUCGGGAGAAAAAAAAUAAAAAAAUAAAAAACUG